UAUACCACCCCAGUCUUCUUUUCUUCUGACUGGUUCAAUAAGUAUUGGGAUACCUUGGAGGUGGACGACUACCGCUUCGUCUACAUGGAACCCAAAGACUCAUGGACGCCAUUCCACACUGAUGCGUUUCGCUCCUACAGCUGGUCAGUGAAUAUCUGUGGCAGGAAAAAAUGGCUCCUGUUUCCCCCGGGCCAAGAAGAGUUUCUACAAGACAGCCAUGGCAACCUUGCAUAUGACAUCACUACUUCCGAGCUUCAAGACAAGGGGCAGUUCCCACACUCUGUUGAGGCCUGCCAACCACUAGCGAUCAUUCAGGAAGCGGGGGAGAUCAUUCGUGUGCUCAGUGGUUGGCACCAUCAGGUUUGUUAUUUGGAAGACACCAUCUCUAUCAACCAUAACUGGUUGAAUGGCUGCAAUGUGUACAUUAUGUGGCAGUUUCUUCAGAACGAGCUGUCUGUUGUCCAGAGGGAGAUAGAGGAGUGGAGUAACACUUGGAGAUACUGUAUGUCAAAAGCAGAUUUAUUUUGGAAAAAGCUGUGGUCUGUAGUAACUAAAUUGUUUUUGUUUUCCAGGUCAUCAUGAAGUCUUGCUCUGGGAUUGACUACAGAGAGCUUGCCUCUUUCCUAAAGAUCAUCGCUGACAACCGCAUGUCUUUCUUGAGCUCUUGAAACACCUCAAAUUACCCCCUGCAUCUUUCAGAUACCCUGACCACGUUAGGACCGCACCACGCUGCCUGUGACCUGCAGAGGAUGGCUCACAUUCUAGAAUGUAUGCUGUGCAAUUACUUUAACUGGAACAUUCAACUCUGAGCUCACACAACACCCACCCGUAGAUUGCACUCCAGCAGGUAUAUCUCACUGGUCACCCCAAAGCCUAUUCUUCCUUCGGCCGCCUUUCCUUCCAGUUCUCUGCUGCCAAUGAUUGGAACAAACUGCAAAAAUCACUGAAGCUGGAGACUCAUCUCCCUCACUAGCUUUAAGCACCAGCUGUCAGAGCAGCUCCCCAUACUGUAUUUAUAUAUUUUGCUCCUUUGCACCCCAGUAUCUCUACUUGCACAUCCAUCUUCUGCACAUCUACUAUUCCAGUGUUUAAUUGCUAUAUUGUAAUUACUUCGCCACCAUGGCCAAUUUAUUGCCUUACCUCCCUUAUCCUACCUCAUUUGCACACACUGUAUAUAUACUUUUUCUACUGUACUAUUGACUAUAUUUUUGUUUAUUCCAUGUGUAACUCUGUGUUGUUGUAUGUGUCAAACUACUUUAUGUUGGCCAGGUUGCAGUUGUAAAUGAGAACGUAUUCUCAACUAGCCUACCUGGUUAAAUAAAGGUGAAAUUUAAAAAACUGAAAGUUUUCUGGAGUAGAUUAAAGAAACCAUACACUCCACUAGAGGGCAGCACUCCCUUUACCAGGAGUAGGCCACUGUAUCCCUUUCUGAGCAUCUUUAUCAAUACACUUA